AUGCCUCGGCUUCCAAUUGUAGGCAUAAUACCCAUAUUUUGGGGACUUGGGGCGAACUUUGAUGUGGACCAACAUCUUCGUCUCCCUUUCAUUGGUGCAAUCUGGAGGCAGGCCACUCAGCUCCAGUUGGGACUCUUCCCUGACAGUGCUGCGCUCAUCCCGGAAUACAUUGGCUGGACUCACUCUGAGAUGCAAUCUGUGCAGCGGCUCUUUGAGGUUGCAGGCAACAAGUCUGCUGAUCAAGUCGGAAUCCUCUUCACAUCUCGAACGCACCCAGAACUGGCACCUGCGAAGAAACUCUGGAAGGAUGCUUGGAAGAAAAUCUGGAAACGGCUAGAUGGUUAUAACCUCAUCGUUCAGCUCCUACAUCGGAAUGCCUGCCACCCUCACCAAAUAAUGACGCGGGAGGGUCAGGUCAAGUUCCCAUCGAAACCUGUCAGCCUUGGCAACCUGCACCAGGACAUUGCAAACGAAGUUUUCGGCCCUGAAAUUUCUACAAUCGACAGGAACGAUGGCGAAAUGAUGAUCUCCAUGGAUGUGAUGGAUGUAAUCGACAAAAUGGUUAGUAUCGUCUGGCACAAUCUCCAGGUCCAGACGUCCCGCACUCAAAAGGAAGCUGGAGAAUUGCAUGUGGAAAUUCUUCGCAAGUAUGAUGAAAUUCGAGCAUGCCUGGAUGGUAAUACGCCAGACAAACUCAAUAUGCCGAAGAUUCGUAGUUUCAUUCGUUCAUACUUGACAUGGCGGGAGAAGGCCAGACUAUUCAUCGACAAACAUCGGAGAAAGGAAAUCACGGAGAUGGAGACCUACAUGGAAUGGCUUCUGCAUCACAUGCAUGUCGAGGGUGCAGAGAACAAGCUUGUGGGGAACAAGAUGGUGGUUGCAGUUACUGCAACCACCUUGUAUGUCCUGCAGAAUCUUGCCAAUGACGAGCAACGUAUGGAUCUCGAGCGCUACCUUGUCGAGCUGUGGGAUCAGGAUGUGUACAGCUUGGGACCCGAAGACCUCAGAGAGGUGCAACUGACCAAUUGCCUUCCCUCUGGUGGUCAACAAUCAUGGGGCAUCGAAGACCUGGGCAUCGAAGCUGCAAGAGGCUUUUCAUUGGAGCAGCUCAAGGAAAAGCUUGGCCUCAAUCUUGGCCACAUACAAUCUCAGCAGCUUGGUUUCCUGAACACGGAAUACGAUGUUUCGCAAAUCUACUCUCCCUGGGAUCGUGAAACCUGGAAGGACUAUCGCCAGAGUGGAAACAUCCAGCCUCUCCAUCUUCAGGAGCAGCAAUUAGAUGGGCUCCACAGCAUAUACUCCAUGCUUUUCCGGCCCCGACCCUCCCCAAAAACGGGCAUCCUCAUUGCUGACACUAUGGGCAUUGGGAAGACUGCAUAA